CUCAAGAACACUAGUUUCUAGUUUAAUAAAUCAAAAUUAGACUGAGCAAAUCAGAACAUUAGUCGAUUACCAGCUUUUUACAGUGGAUGGGUUUGUGUAUCCCAAUGAUCCAAACUGGUCCUGGCUGAUGGACCAGACAAAGAGGGAUUCAAGAAAGCCCUGUGUGUCAUGGUGCUGGAUCGGUUACCCAGUGUUUUGAGUUUUGUUCUGAUUUGAUGUUUGAUUUCUUCAAUGUUAUCUAUAUUAGUGUUUAGGUUUUGUUCUCAGCGUUUCUAGGUUUUAGGUUUUCUUCCUGUGCCUCCUCUGUUGAGUGUCUAGUUAUCCCUGUCCAUGUGUUCUCUCUGUGCUCUGUUUCAUGUCCCUGAGUCUGUGUAUGUAAAUUCAGUCUGUGGAUUUCCUGUUUUACUUUGAAGGUCUAUGUCUCUUGUCUCGUCAUGUUAAUUAGGAUCAGCUGUGCCUCCUUCCUGUUUGCCUUGUUUCCCUCCAUGUGUAUAUAUAGUGUGUAAAGGCUGGUGGGUUUUUUUGGAGUUGUCUGGCAUCAGGUGAGGGGCUCCUAGCUCCAAGACCCUGAUCCGAUCGGCUUCCCUUGCAAGUUAAAAUGGAUCGCUGUUUGUCUUGCUUUGUUCACGGUGAUAAGUCUCUGAACCAGCGGGGCCUGUAAGCGCAGACCUAACAGCUCCCCAUCCCGCAUUUUUGCCUUUAUUUUUACCAUUGUUACUUUGCCUGCAUUUUGGGUCCUUUAUUCACAAACACCACACAGCUUGCCCCACAAACCGUGACACUGUAAAGAAAAAAGCAAGGGACAGGUUCACCCUCCCUGAUGCAGAAUUACUGGGAACUGACCCUUAAGCUUGUGGAGGGAACAUCCAUCCCCAUGGCCCUCUGCAUAUAUGUUGUAAUUUUCCCCCAUGGCCAAGAGGGUUAUUUCCCUGCACUUUUACAUUGGCACUGACAGUGACACCUGAAGCAGUGUGAUUAGGAGUAAUAAGUAGGCAUUUUUUGUUCUCCUCCAGGGUUUUGCAAUCAUCACAUAACUAAAAAAUAUAAGUAAAACUAUGUGCAAAAGGGUUUAAUAUAGCAGAUAAUUGUACAUUUAUGUCACAAUUGUUUUCCAUUGUUUUAGUGUGAUAACAAAAGUUCUUAAGUACAGAGCUUUGUAAGCUUUUGUCCAUCAGAAAAGUUCUUAAAGCACAAUAUGAAUAAAAAAAGUCUCUGCAAUUGAGCACUGUAGGCACCUGGAGACACUCUGAUCUUGCAUCUGUUUUGAGGUUGUAGACUGUGGACUGGCAGAACUGUUACUCCUGUACAGGAAGUCUUGAUUGACACAUUUCAAAAAGGUCCAUGAGUAUUAUGCAGAAGGCAAAGCAGAGCUCGAAUUUAAAAUUGAUCGCAGCAAAAAUGUGCAGAGAGGCCAAUGUAUAUUUUUAUUGCAGCUUUGUUAUUGAACUCUCUUCUUUUCAGCACUAAUAUCCACCCAAAGCUCUUGGUUGACUUCUUAUCUGAUAAACAGAUCGUAUCUUACCAAGCUUGUCUUUUUCAGGUUUUUAUGUUUUACUUUUUAAGCUCUUCAGAGUUCUUACUAUUGUCAGCUAUGGCCUAUGACAGAUACGUGUCUAUUUGUAAACCCCUGCAAUAUCCAGCCAUCAUGACAACAACUACUGUCAGUUUACUGCUGUGUUUUGCUUGGCUGGUACCUGCUUGUUAUGUUGUAGUGCCAAUUGCACUAAAUAUUAAUAGCAAACUGUGUAGCUUUACUUUGAAAGGAAUUUUUUGUAAUAAUUCACUUAACAAGCUUUUCUGUGUGACUUCAAACAAAUUAUCGAUAUACGGUGUAAUUGUUCUGUUGAAUCUCGGACUUUUGCCUAUGCUUUUUAUACUUUUCACAUACACAAAGAUAAUCAUAAUUGCUUUUCAGAGUUGUGGAGAUGUCAGAAGAAAAGCUGUUCAGACCUGUUUACCUCACCUGCUAGUUUUGAUGAACUGUUCUGUUUUGAUUACCUAUGAUGUUGUCAUUGUUAAACUGGAAUCUGAUUUUCCCAAAACUGCACGUUUUGUAAUGACACUCCAAAUAAUAACUUAUAAUCCUCUCUGCAAUCCAAUCAUAUAUGGACUGAAAAUGAAAGAAAUUUCUAAACACCUUAAAAGGUUGCUUAGACACAUGAAAUAA